AUGGUUGACUCCAUCACAGGAAGCUACGCCAACACCCUUGUUAAGGUGGCAAAUUCCAAUGGAACCCUAAAAGCCACCUCGGCUGACAUUGAAAAGGUGGAGAAAUUCUUCUCCGACCCUGAAGUCUUCUACUUUUUCUCAAAUCCCACUGUCAACAUUGCCAAAAAAGUGAGGUAUGGAAAUGGGGCUUCAAAGUUGAUUGAUAUGAGUGUGAAGAAACAACUUGAAGAGAUUGCUGCUCAACUUGUGAUGUUCAACUCGCUGUUUCGGACAUGCUCCAGAAGGGGGUCAAAUCAUGACCUAGUCAGGUUUGAAUAA